AUGUGUCACGAGCACUACGAGCAGUUCUGGUGCGGCAAGAAAUGCAAGGACCCGUCAACUGUCGAGAUCAUCGACUGCGGCAAACCGAGCUGCGACUACAAGGACCCCAACAAGGGCACCCUGGACUACACCGAGGCGCGCGGCCCUUCCCGCGGUAUCUGCCCUGAGCACGGCCACCGGGAUCCCACAGACGCUAGAGAACAAGCCACCAGGGGUGACGACGCCCGCGAACAUCCCGGAUAUGCUAUGACCAAGGAGUUCGUCGGCUGCGGGAAUGGGUUCGGUGUUUUGGAGUCGACAAGACAUAACAACCCGGGACCGAUCACCUGCUCACACAACUAG